CCCUCGGCCCGGGGGCGCCACCCUACUACCCUCCGUCCAUUUCGUUGUCUCUCUCGGCGCGGGCCCCGGCGGCCGCCCCAGCGCACCGCGGGUCCCUCGCUUCGCUGCACCCCGCUUCAUCCCCUCUGGCCACACGGAGCGCCCAGCCCUACACAGCCGGCUACGCCUCCUCCCGGCCGCCUGAUUUCCUCGGGUGAAGCGGCCUCUCACUCCCCUCCGGCCGGCGUCCCAGGCCGCCGGACCCCUCCGCCGCCCCCGCGGCGCCUGCCUUCCCUGGGAGCAGCUGCCGCUCCGUCGGGCCGGAGCCCUCGCCCGGUGCGCCAAGGUCCGCAUUGCCCCGGGCCCAGGGCGGGAGCGCCUCGCUGCCCAGGCUUCAGAGCUCCCUCUGUAGGCCCCGGGGGCUCCCCUCCGCGUGCCCCCUCCAGCCGCGGCCAGCUGUGGGCGCCGGGGCCCGAGGAUGGGCCGGGCUCCGCGCGGGUCUUGCGGGCCCCUGGGGGGCGGGCGGCCGCCGGGAAGCGAGGGGGCGGCGAGGAAGGAGCAGGUGCGGUCUGGGCAGCGGGGGUAUUCCCGGCUCCGCACAGACGGGGCCGGGGGCGGCGAGGUGUGAAAUGAGGCGCUCGGAGCGGCCGGGACAGCGGGCCGGGGGUGGCAGGAGAACCGCCAACGCACCCCGCCGGCCCCCGCGCCUGCCGCCACCGUCCACCUGCCCCUCUGAGCGGCCGUCCGGCCUCCCUGCCCACCCCCGUGGGCCAUCUUGUCUGUCGGCUGACCGUCCGUUUGUCUCCGGAAUUCGGCAGGGUCUCCGGCUUUUUCUCUUCCCCCACCUCUCUCAAUCUUUCUGUUUCUCUCCUAGUCCCUUUCCCUUUGUCUCUGACGUGUUGCUUCUGUGUGCUUCUCGCUCUUUCUUUGGGUGGGGGCCUUCAAGCUGGGUUGGGGGAGGGGGUGAGCGAAGAGAGCUGGACCCCUUCCUGCAGGGGCCUGCAGAGACGCGGUGGGGGCUCUGCCGUAGGCCUGGCAUCUCUUCAGGUGUCCUUUUGACUUUGGUUCAGCCCCUGCUACGUCACCCCUCUUCCCCACUCAAUAUCGGUUGUUGGUUGGGGGUUUCGGAGGGCCAGGGAGAGGAAACAGGCUUUCCUCGUCUCUAAACAGCAUGUAGCCACCCCACAUGCCCACACCCCCACACACCAACAGCCAGGCUUCCUUAGUGCCCAAUUUAUGCAGAACAAAAGGGAGCAGCCUGUUGAUGGGUGGCCACCUUGAUGACUGGCUGUGCUGUGCCUUACAAGGCCAGGGAAUGAAUGUUGCCCACUGCCCCCAAAGCCACCCAGCCUCUGCGCUUCAGACUCGCAUCUCCAACUCCAGUCCAUCUUCACUCAUAUGACCAUUAGUCACCGAAUCCUGCAGCAUUUUCUGAAAGGCGUUUCCUAACCUACCUGCCCCUCCAGGGAAGCUCUGGCCUGGUUUGUUCUAGACCCCUCCAUUUCCUCUCCUCUCCUCUCUUCCUCCCAUCUGCAAGGUCAUCUCAGUGCUCAGGAGAUAUUUGUUCAAGCAGUCAGUGUAUCUCCCUUUAUGUUCCUUUGAGCCCAUCACUUUCCUCCUCAGCCCUCCCCUGACACUUCACGCUUAGACUCCAAGCCACAAACCUCGUCUUUGUCAUUCUACAUGUCUGGAACACCCUUCUCCAACUAGGUCUCAUCUCCUUAAACAUACCUUUCUCUGUGAAGUUCUCCGAGCCCGCUGUGAGGGAGUGCUCUCUUCCCUGCACCCCAAAGUGCUUUGUUCAUAACCCUCCUAGCAUCAACCUGUCCUUAUGUAGUAAGCCAUUUGUUACAAUCUGUCUUUCCCACCAGAGCAGGCUUCAUUAUGUGUGCUCUGCCUGGUGCACCUCAUUGAAUGAAUGAGGAUCGGUUUCACAGCCUCCUUCACCACGCCAUCUCCUCUGGAAACACAUCCAGAAUCAUACACGCCCAGAUUCUAAGUCUUGGAUGGGGCUUUGGAAAUUCAAGAAAUUAAUCUACCAGUAUUUCAGUUCUCUGUACAAGCACCAAAUGUUCCCCCUACCUCCCUCAAAACUCAGUUCACCCACUUGGCAGAAUUGUCUUUAGCCAGAAGGCCCCAGACAUCCCGCCCCACUUUGCUGCUAUGAUCACGUUUCUAUCUGGAGCCAUCGUUUUUACUUGUGGGUAUUCUUGUCACACCUCCAUGAGUAUUUCUAGUACUGUAUUUUCUAUUUAUGUCCUGAAUUCUGUGGAAAAUUCUGUCCUUGCUGGGUUCAGGUUGGGUAGUGGUGGGGGUGAGAAUUGGACCAGAAUGGACUUAGCACUCAGCCUGACCUCACUCAGCCUCUGGCAUCCCCAGUCUCUUCACAGAGCCCUCAGAGCCCCUCCCUGAGGAGUCCAAACCUGUGGAGAUGCCCUUCCACCACUGCCACAGGGACCCCCUUCCGCCGCCGGGCCUCACCCCUGAGAGGCUGCAUGCACGGAGGCAGCUAUAUGCUGCCUGUGCCGUGUGCUUUGUCUUCAUGGCUGGGGAGGUGGUCGGCGGGUAUCUGGCACACAGCCUGGCCAUCAUGACCGAUGCAGCCCACUUGCUGGCGGAUGUGGGCAGCAUGAUGGGCAGCCUCUUCUCCCUCUGGCUCUCCACCCGUCCAGCCACCCGCACCAUGACCUUUGGCUGGCACCGUUCAGAGACUCUGGGGGCUUUGGCCUCUGUGGUCUCCCUCUGGAUGGUCACUGGCAUCCUCCUGUACCUGGCCUUCGUCCGCCUGCUGCACAGCGACUACCACAUCGAGGGGGGUGCCAUGCUGCUGACCGCCAGCAUCGCAGUCUGUGCCAACCUGUUAAUGGCCUUUGUGCUGCACCAGGCUGGGCCCCCCCACAGCCACGGGUCUAGGGGAGCAGAGUAUGCACCGCUGGAGGAGGGGCCUGAAGAGCCCCUGCCCCUGGGGAACACCAGCGUCCGGGCGGCAUUUGUGCACGUGCUGGGGGACCUCUUGCAGAGCUUUGGGGUACUGGCUGCCUCCAUCCUCAUCUACUUCAAGCCUCAAUACAAGGCAGCCGACCCCAUCAGCACCUUCCUCUUCUCCAUCUGUGCCCUUGGAUCCACGGCUCCCACCCUCCGAGACGUUCUUCGAAUCCUCAUGGAAGGUACCCCCCGCAAUGUGGGGUUCGAACCUGUGCGGGAUACGCUGUUGUCGGUGCCAGGAGUCCGGGCAACCCAUGAGCUGCACCUGUGGGCCCUUACGCUCACUUACCAUGUUGCCUCUGCACACCUGGCCAUCGACUCCACCGCUGACCCUGAAGCCGUCCUGGCUGAAGCCUCAUCCCGGCUCUACUCCCGGUUUGGAUUCUCCAGCUGCACCCUGCAGGUCGAGCAGUACCAGCCGGAGAUGGCCCAGUGCCUGCGCUGCCAGGAACCCCCCCAAGCCUGAGCCAUGGCCCUGCCCUCACCCCACUGCCAGGCCGAGGCUCAGCCCCGGACUCUCAGCAUCUGCUGCCCUGAUCACAGAGACGGGACCGAGCCAGGUCCAUACCCCUUCCUCUCUCCCUCCUACCACCUGCCAGUUUCCCCAGCCUCAGCCCCAGCCCCAGCCCCAGUGGGCAAGACCAAAGUGUGGCGGGGAGUGGGGUGGGAGUCAGGGGAAUAGAUGUGACUAGUUCAGGGGCGGGGACCCCCAGGCCUCAGUGUGGCAGGGUGUGUUGAAGGCCUGUGGUGCCAUCUCCCCAUGGUUCAUGUGGAGCCACGAACAUCCUUUCCCUGCAGUCCAUUUGUCUGUGUGGCAGGCUGGCUGGCUGGGGGCAUCUGCCUGUCUAUGUGCUGUUGGUGUGCCUAUGCCUGGGGGAGGUCAGUAGGGGCCCCCUCCCCACAUGGCCCUCGCUCUGUCUAUGCAGGGGCCCCAAAGCCCGCACUUUGUCCGUGUGUCUUAGCCCUGUGGUUUUGUCUGUGUGUGUGUGUGUGUGUGUGUGUGUGUGUGUGUGUGUGUGUGUUCUUGGUGCUGUGGCGUGUGUGUCUCUGUGCCUAUGUGGCUGUGCUAUGGUUUCUAUGAGUCUGCUCCAUCCAUGUGUCUGUUUGGGGGUCUAUCUCUCCAUCCCUCUGUUGGUGCUGUGCCCUUGGCUAUCCCUGAAAGAGGGAGGACUCCGCUGCAGCUCCACCAAUAAACUUGUGUCUCACUGCA